CGCAGCUUCCGGCACGGCCUUCGAGCGCGGGACGCGGCAAAGUCAUGGAUCGCAACCCCUCGCCGCCGCCCCCGGGUCGCGGCCAGGAGGAGGAGGAGGUGGCCGGUGGAGACUGCAUAGGGAGCACGGUUUACAGCAAACACUGGCUCUUCGGCGUCCUCAGCGGACUCAUCCAGAUUGUUAGCCCUGAAAACACCAAAUCUAGCUCAGAUGAUGAGGAGCAGCAGACGGAGCUUGAUGAAGAAAUGGAGAAUGAAAUUUGCAGAGUAUGGGAUAUGUCAAUGGAUGAGGAUGUGGCUUUAUUUCUCCAAGAAUUUAAUGCUCCUGAUAUAUUCAUGGGAGUACUGGCCAAGUCCAAGUGUCCUCGAUUAAGAGAAAUCUGUGUGGGAAUUUUAGGUAAUAUGGCCUGUUUCCAGGAGAUAUGUGUGUCCAUCAGCAGUGAUAAAAAUCUUGGGCAGGUAUUAUUGCACUGUUUGUAUGAUUCAGACCCACCUACUCUGCUGGAAACAAGCAGGUUGUUGCUUACUUGCCUUUCCCAGGCAGAAGUGGCCAGUGUUUGGGUUGAAAGGAUCCGGGAACAUCCAGCGAUUUAUGAUAGCAUUUGCUUCAUUAUGUCAAGUUCAACAAAUGUUGACUUGCUGGUGAAGGUGGGGGACGUUGUAGACAAGCUCUUUGAUUUGGAUGAGAAACUAAUGUUGGAAUGGGUCAGAAAUGGGGCUACUCAGCCUCUGGACCAACCCCAGGAAGAGUCUGAAGAGCAGCCAGUGUUUCGGCUCGUGCCCUGUAUACUCGAAGCUGCCAAACAAGUACGUUCUGAAAAUCCAGAAUGGCUUGAUGUUUACAUGCAUAUUUUACAACUGCUUACUACAGUGGAUGAUGGAAUUCAAGCAAUUGUACAUUGUCCUGACACUGGAAAAGACAUUUGGAAUUUACUUUUUGACCUGGUCUGCCAUGAAUUCUGCCAGUCUGAUGAUCCACCCAUCAUUCUUCAAGAACAGAAAACAGUGCUAGCCUCUGUUUUUUCAGUGUUGUCUGCCAUUUAUGCCUCACAGACUGAGCAAGAGUAUCUAAAGAUAGAAAAAGUAGAUCUUCCUCUAAUUGACAGCCUCAUUCGGGUCUUACAAAAUAUGGAACAGUGUCAGAAAAAACCAGAGAACUCGACAGAGUCUAACACAGAAGAAACUAAAAAGACUGAUUUAACCCAAGAUGAUUUCCACUUGAAAAUCUUAAAGGAUAUUUUAUGUGAAUUUCUUUCUAAUAUUUUUCAGGCAUUAACAAAGGAGACGGUGGCUCAGGGAGUAAAGGAAGGCCAAUUGAGCAAACAGAAGUGUUCCUCUGCAUUUCAAAACCUUCUUCCUUUCUAUAGCCCUGUGGUGGAAGAUUUUAUUAAAAUCCUACAUGAAGUUGAUAAGGCACUUGCUAAUGACUUGGAAAAAAGCUUCCCAAGUUUGAAGGUUCAGACUUAAAACCUGAAUUGGAAUUACUUCUGCAUAAGAAAUAAACUUUAUUUUUCUCACUGACA